AUGAUAACGCACAAGGUGCUGACGCUUCUAUUUGUGCUGUUCGCUUUGGCACUUGCCGAGCUGAGUGCCCCGGAUCUCGGUAUCAAGCAAGACAUGUCGGUCAGGCUGGGGGAGCACAAGAAAGGGGGAAAUGAAAAGGAUGGUGAUCGUCAAUGGGUUUGGAGCUCAGUUAUCAAACUGAACAAGGACAAAGAAGCGAAGGAAGUAAUCACGGACAGUCAAAUGGUUGCACUUGUGCAUCACGCUAGCGAUCAGAUGCAUGCGGAUGAAAACUACAAGAAGACCAAUGCCAAGUUACAGCCAUCCGUUAUGUCCGCCCUCCUUGUCGGUGAUGAAGUCUACCUGGCUUCGUCUAUGAAGGGCGACUAUUCCUUUAUCUACGAAUACAAUGCGAAACCCAAGAAGGGGAAAAAAGCCGGUACCGGAGAAGUUCGAGCCCAUGUGCCCCAGGAGAUUAAAACUGCUCUCGGAACGGCGAAGGAACCCCCAAGGGAAAACGAUCAGCAUAAGAACGACGCCUCCUGUGGAGAAGUAAUGGCCAGCUAUACUUAUCUGCUCAAGAACCACGGAGCGAAACUACAAGGCCAAAACGCCCGGGUCAUUGCCUGGAUACAGGACAAGUCCAAAAAUCAAGCUUAUGAUCCCUGCGGCACUGGGGACAAGGUAUGGGGAUGUGACGCUUUUUGCAGUAAGAUGGGCUUCAAAGUUAUUGAUACCAAAACCCCUGAAGACAAAAAAGAGAACAUCCCCGGCAUUGCCAAGCAUUCUCAACAAGAGCUUAUGACUCCGGCGCUUCAAAAAGAGGUUGCUGAGAUUAGAGACACGUUAAAAAAGGAAGAGGAGGAAAAGAAUAAGGAAGCGGCGAAAGCAAAGGAGCAAAGAAAGAAAGAGGCAGAGGAGAGGAGAAAGAAGGAGGCCGAAGAUAAGAAGAAGAAGGAGGCCGAGGACAAGAAGAAGAAGGAGGACGAAGAUAAGAAGAAGAAGGAGGCCGAGGACAAGAAGAAGAAGGAGGACGAGGACAAGAAGAAGAAGGAGGCCGAAGAUAAGAA